AUGGAAAUAUUGUUUGAUAGGUAUGACAUGGAACUACACAUGGUUCAUGAAUGCGCAGACCCUAAUAUUAAAAACAAGUUUGCUGUCAUUGGACUUCUUUACAAGAUUGGUCAACCUGAUGCUUUCCUCUCCAGGCUGCUGGGGACUGUGAUGCCUUUAAUUGAUGAAAAACAAGAGAAAACCAUGGGAAUGAUAGACCCAAGUGAAAUAAAAAUGGGUGGCAAGAAAUACUAUAGAUAUGAAGGUUCACUCACUGUCCCUCCUUGCACUGAAGCUGUUCUUUGGACCAUUAACAAGGACAUAAGGACUGUUUCAAAAGAGCAAGUUCAAGCACUGAGGGAGGCUGUUCAUGAUGUAAGUAAAUUAGCAGAAUUUAUAUAAAAUUCAAGACCAGUGCAGCCACUAAAUAAAAGUGAAAUUCAAUUUUAUGGUGCUAAGAGUAGAAAUGCUCCUAUUUAUAGGUUGGUAUUUGGUUCGAUAUCUGCAUAUUAA